GUUUUUAAUUUGCCAAUUGCUUGGCGCAAUCCAACGGUCAUUUCACCGAGAUCGAAAUCCGAUCGGCAAAUUUACUACCCGGCUGUUAGUUGUACCGUGUGAAAAGGAUACGUCGUAGAACAAAGGACACCGCAUCUUGUGCAGCUGACAGCGUAGCACCACGACUCGGAAGAAGAAACUGGCGGGAAGAAGCAGGCGCGCCAUCUUAAGGAUAACGGUCAUUCCCGAGGCAGUAAAGAUUGCCACUGAGAAGCAGCGCGAACGACGCCGGCUGCCGCCGAGGACUUUCGAAUGACACAGGCUACCAGCAACUACGAGGAGCUUGGAGUGAUUGGGACCGGCGCCUAUGGUACCGUCUACCGGGCUCGCGACCUAAAAAACCACGGCAAUAUCGUCGCUUUGAAGAAGGUCCGUGUCGCACUAACCGAGGAUGGAGUGCCGAUGUCAACAUUGCGGGAAAUUUUCAUGCUCAAGCAGCUGGAUACCUUUGGGCACCCGAACGUGGUCAAACUGCUAGAUGUCUGUCAAGGACAGCGGCUGGAGCGGGAAGGACAGUUGGUGCUGUUUUUGGUUUUCGAACAUUUGGACCAGGACCUGGAUGAGUAUAUCAAACGGAAUGGAAUGCCGCCAUCUACCAUUCAGCGUCUUUCCUGUGAAAUGCUUACCGGAAUCGACUUCUUACACUCGCACCGGAUCGUGCAUCGAGACUUGAAACCCCAGAAUCUCCUCAUCUCGACAGACGGGCACCUGAAGCUGGCCGACUUCGGACUGGCAAAGACCUACGAUUUCGAGAUGAAACUAACGACCGUCGUGGUGACGCUGUGGUACCGCGCCCCGGAGGUGCUGCUCGGCGAAGCUUACAACAGUUCCGUCGAUAUCUGGAGUGCCGGCUGCAUCAUCGCUGAAAUGUUCCAACGUCGGGUCCUAUUUCCCGGCACGGCCGAGGGCAAUCAGUUGGAGAAAAUAUUUGAAUUAACGGGACGCCCCACGGAAGCCCAGUGGCCGCGGGGUAUUUCGAUUGUACGUGAAAAUUUCCGUUCGACGAAACCACGGGAGCCGCGCGACUUCUGCCCGAAGUUGUGUGAUGAAGCGAACGAUCUCCUCAAACUGAUGCUCGCCUUCAACCGACAUGAUCGCCCGUCCGCAAGGCAGUGUCUUAAUCACGCCUACUUCACGCAGGAACCGAUGCCAACGUAAGCAACGCUUUUUCUACCAUAUUAUCUCACUUAACACUGACACACACAAACCGGGUCUAAAAUGUUGAAACGAAAAAAAAGAUGUUAAGGGAAGGACACAGUUACUCGGGAAACAAUAGGAACUACUUCACUGAACUUAACAGUAGUGCGAGAUUUCCGGGAGAGGCAUAGAUCACAGGUAAAGAACUCAACCAAUGGUAUCUAAGACUAGGUGUCGCCGACUGCCAACUAAAUUUUACCGGUUCUUAUGAUGCAUUUUGGUAUUCCGAUAAACUGCCACAGCCAACUGUUUUCUCGAUAUUGUUAGUUCGUUAGGCUAAAGAGAUUUCGCAGGUCAACUGUUCCGAUUGACACAAGCACAUGCGCCCCUAGUGGCAUUUGUAAUUACAAAGCUCGGUUCCUGUGUACAUGUGUGGAUUUCAAUAGUAUACUAUGGAUUAAUUGAUAUAAAAGUGAACUGUAAUAUGAAGAAUUGGGUAUUGAAUAUUGAAGAACAAUAAUCUCCGCCUGUAUUACUUUUCGAUGACUCCGAAUCGCCCAAGGAUGCGUCCUAGAUACAAGUUAGAUACAAGUAAACUGUAAUGUAUAUUGAAGAUCUACAAUGUCCCAGGGGAUAUUGCAUUA